AUGGCAGCAACUGGAGGUUCCGGCGCGUCGGCGACCCAGUACGAUGUUUUCCUGAGCUUCAGAGGGCCCGACACUCGCGACAACUUCACCAUCUGCCUCUACCGGACCAUGGUUGGCCAGGGGAUCAUCACCUACAAAGACAGCGAAGAGCUUCACGCUGGUGAUCGGAUCGAUGAUCUCCUGAGAGCGGUCGGCGAAUCCAAGAUCUGCAUACCAGUUCGCUCCAGAGGCUACUCUUCAAGCGCUUGGUGCCUCAAUGAGCUCGCUCGUGUGAUGGAGCUCAACGAAUCGACCGGGAAACCGUUGAUCCUACCCAUCUUCUUUGAUGUCACGCCCUUGGACGUCAAGCUCAGGACGGAGGUGUACGUGGAGGACUUGGAGAAGCACGAGCGGAGGCACGGCAGCGAGAUCAGGCAACGAUGGGAUUUGGCUCUGAGAAAAGUGGCUGAGAUCAAGGGAUGGGAAGUCCAAGGGAAACCGCACGGUGAAGUUAUUGAACUCGUUGUGAAAGAGAUUCUGCAUAAGCUGAAAGUAAAACUAAGACCUCUAGACAGCAAAUUGGUUGGGGUACACGAACAAGUAGAAGCCAUAAUGGAGUCGUUAAAUGUUGACUCUGGCCCUAGUGUGCGUUUCGUUGGAAUCUAUGGAAUGGGGGGCAUCGAGGAAGUAUGGAAAGAAAUGCCAAAAAGGUUGGAGAAUGUACCUCAUGAUAAAGUUCGGGAUAAGUUAAAGUUGAUAGACCUUGGAAGAGACAUUGUGCGCCAAGAAUGUACUCGGAAUCUAACAAGGCGUAGUAGGUUGUGGAAUUGCGAAAAAGCUCUAGAAGUAUUAAGAGAAAAGGAUAAAGUUCAAGCACUCAAUUUAGAUGAACAUGGUUCCGAUCCCAUCAUCAUUGUGAAUGAAGAACUUGAGAGGAUGCCUUAG